AUGAAGCAUGCCGUCAUAGAGUAUGGCUCACUGAUCCAAGAGCUCAAAUCUUUCACAGCGGACGAAAUGCAACAACUCGGUCUGGAUGCGGACCAGUACGGAGAGGUUUCAGGAGGUGCUUCGGUUGUCGCGGCCUACAGCGAGAUACCCAACGAAAUCCCCGAAGGGAUUCUGGUAGCUGUGCCUCCGGUGAUGUUGGCGAGAAAAUUGAAGAAGGGGGCAGCGGUUACCUUCGCGAAGUGCCAUGGCAUGAAAGUGGCUUCUCGUUGGACUCUACCAAUGAUAGUUGAACAGUUUAUGUUGCACCACUGCGAGCCUGGCCAAUGCCCUGGUCUGUUUUGUGUCUUCAAAGGUUUGAGGACAGUUGAUGAACUGGAUUACAUUUCCGAUAGUGAUCCGGAGACGUUCGAGUGGCCCCCCGGCGAUGAUUGCGAACCGCCGGAUUCCUUUCCUCCGCCGCCGCUUUCUCUCAAAGAAAAGGCGCGAAUAAUCAGAGACUUUGUGGCCGACUGUGACGAAGGAAAUCUUAAGGAAGGGCAUUGUAUGGUUUGUGCCCAGCUGUACAGGGACAGGGACCUGCUGAUGUUCGACAGUACUAGAUACUCUCUGGAACCACUCAUAGAAGCCGACGUGGCGGUGAUCGAGAGAAAGGCAAGGUCGACUGAACGGAUAAGCGUUGAAGGGCCAAUUUUAGACACACGAUCUUCCAAAGUGUGCGUUGGGUGUGACGAUAGUCUCUCUAAGGGGAGGAGACCUAGAAAUGCUCUCGCAAACGGUCUUUGGCUGGGAGACGUACCCGAAUGCUUGACUUGCUUAACGUACACCGAGCGCUUGCUCGUCGCGAAAGUGAGGCAUAACCGUUCGAUUGUGCGUGUGGCUAGUGGCCAUAGGAAAAUGGUGGCAAACGUGGUAUCUUACGCGAAUCCCACCCCUAAGAUUUAUAAGAAACUCCCUCCUCAUCGAAGAGAGCUCGACGAUGUUCUGGUGUUCAUAUUUGUUGGAUCAGCCCCGCCAACAGAAGACGACUUCCGCAGAACACCGAUGAUGGUUCGGCGUACCAAAGUCCUGGAAGCUCUUGAGUGGCUGCAAGCUAACCACGAUGAGUACUGGGACGUCCAAAUCGACCAUGAGGCGCUUGGCAGCUACAAGGAGAACAAAGCGCCUGUCGAAGUUCUGUACCAUCCGAUCGAAGAUGAUGAAGGGAACAUUAUACCCACGGCGGCUAGUGUCCACGAAACAGAUUUGGAGGAGGGAACGGAAACAGGUCCCUGCCCCUACAGAGUGCACGGGUUGACUGGUGAUGCAUUCGCUGCAAUGACGGUCAAUCAAAGGAAGAUCCAUGCAUUACGAUUCUUGAAAGAAGGCGGGGCCGCCCUGGCGGUUGCGCACGGAGACGACCCCGAAUCUAUUUAUAGAAAUCCAGGUCUGUAUCCGCAGAUGUUCCCUUGGCUCUUUCCGUUUGGAAAGGGGGCCAUAGGACAGGCAACACUGAACGGCAUUCUUUCGGAAUCAUCGCAUAAGCGAUGGUUAUUGAACUAUUAUGACAGACGCUUUCAACAAGAUGCCCAGUUUGUUAUCGUCGCCUUCAAUCACGAUCAGAUAAAAGAGGGAUCCUCUAAAAGCUUCAUUUUGGCCAAGCGCAGAAAUUUCCCUUCCCUAGCCAAGAAGAUAAGAGAUAUCAAUCCUGCUGCUCUGCGAGACAUCUCCGAGCGUAUGGAGGCGGGGGGACACGUAACUCCGGAAACCGACGAAGAAAGGAGAUGUUUUGCCUUGCUCGAUGCUAUCAAGUCAGUGAGUAUCUCUGUCGGAGGGUCGUUGGCCAGUAAACAGGCAGAUCGGACAAAGGUGUGGUCGAUGUCAUACGCAAAAGGAUUGCCCCCGUGGUACAUCACCAUAUCCCCAGUAGAUCAGAAGCAUCCAAUCAGCAUAUACCGAGGCGACCCAUCUUGCAACAUUUUCGAUGCGGAGAUCCUUCCGGCAUCAGUAAGGCAGAAAAUUGCGUCUCUUAACCCGGUAGCAUGUGCUCGUUUCUUUCAUUUUCUUGUCGAACUGUUUAUCAAGCACGUACUUGGUUGGAAUAAUGAAAGGGGAGGACGUUAUGGGCGUACGAGUGGCUACUGGGGUUCCGUUGAACAGCAAGGGCGGCAAUCGUUGCACGGCCAUUUCGUUGUUUGGAUUGUAGGGACACCAUCGCCACAGGAAAUCCGUCGUCGCUUGCUUGAUGAAGGGGGUGAAUUCCAGAAACGGUUGAUUGCGUACCUGGAGGACUGCCAGGUUGGGGAGUGUUUAACGGGCCCUCUUGACAAAGUCGCGGAGGCUUUGGACAGCCUGGAGCGAACAGACGAUAGCUACGAGGACCCGACACUUACUCUUCCGACCGCUCCUCCGGAUGUGGAAUGCAGUUCCGAGGGCGAUUGCAAUUGUGUUGAAUGCGCCAAAUUACAAGAAUGGUUCCAGAGAUUUAAACUACAGGUAGACGACCUAAUUCUACGGUCUCACAUACACACGUGCUACGCAAAGCGGGAGACUUCCAAGAACAGUGGUAACGAAGCUAAAGUACAUGCAACAGCGAAAGGUUGCUUGAACAAGGACGGGAGAUGUACGGCAAGGUUUCCUCGUCCCACCUUCGAGAAGUCGGAGGUGGACCCCAAAGAUGGGCAUAUAAAUAUCAAGAAAUUGGAGUCUAUGAUGAAUACUUUGACCCCCGAGCUCACGUAUUUGAUGAGAUGUAAUACAGAUGUCUCCUCUUUGCUGUCGGGGACUGCAAUGAAAGCUGUUAUAGGGUAUGUGACCGACUACAUAACAAAACCAAGUUUGAAGACAUACCAGAUUUUCUCAACUUCUUAUGAUGUGUUUGAAAGACACAACAGCCUCCUAAGCCCCGACUUGACAGGUGAUGAUGCGCUGAACGCCGGUCGUAAACUCAUCAUGAAGACAGUUAACAGUCUGACUUCGAAGAUAGAGAUAGGGGCCCCUAUGGCGGCACUGCACCUUUUGGGCAUCCCGGAUAGCUAUUGUAGUCACACGUUCGUGCCUUUUUAUUGGAAAUCUUUUUUUAACUACGUAUGGAGGACAUGGGAUGCCUUCGAAAAGGGUUUAGAUCGUGGAGACGAUAUGGAGGAUGAACUGCCUACGCAACAACAGGGCGUAGGGUUUUCCGAAGACGGCUCGAGUGAAUCAGAAGACGGUGAUGAGGAAAUUGAACCCGAAAAGGAUGAUAUUACACCUGACGAAGGAAAUGAAGUCGUUCCCAUACACCAGAAUUCGGGUUCCUUCAUCGGGAAGUCGAGUUUGGACGACUAUAGAGCAAGGCCCAGAAAAUACGAGAAAAUUUCCCUUUACGAUUGGAUACAGUGCGCGGUGAGAACUACGAAGAGUCAGUUGCGAAAAAUGGGUGCAGAAAAAAUGAGGCAGUAUCACCACUACCAGGAAAGUCACCCUUUGCAUAGAAGUCAUGUGGUAACAGUCGACCCGAGUCGGCGACAGACGGUGAUCCCAAACUUCUUAGGUCCCUUGCUACCGCGGAAAGACGAAGGUGACUUGGAUGAAUGGGCAUGCGCUAUGUUGACCAUAUUCAAGCCGUGGAGAAAACCUCUAGAUUUGAAAGCGGCCGGUGCGUCAUGGAAAGAGACGUAUGCGGGCCAAGCCUUUACGGACAGGGAAAGGCGUUUAAUUUCUAACCUCAAUCUUCGUUAUGAAUGCUACGAUGCGCGCGACGAUUUUCAACAGCAAAUAAAAAACCUCCCCAUCCACGGGUCCGCGCAGGAGAACGUCGAAGGUGUUGGAUUCGAGGACGGAGAUGAAGAGAAUGACGACAUAUACGGCAUUGACGAAUGCGAAGCCGAGAAGCGGAUGGACGAGUCAGAUGAUCGGAUGAACGAACCCCGCUCUGAGUGUGCUAGGAAAUCUCUGGACACCCUUUCUCGCGCAGGAUGGAGACUUGGAGAUAACCAGAGGGGGGUGUUCCAUGACGACUGGGAAAAGAUUAAGGUUACAAAAAAAUUAUCCGGUGACCAAUGGAAGAAGGUUGUUGAUAACACGAGAAAGAAAAUCCUGCAGUCGAAAUACGGUGGAAUUAUACUUAAUCGCCCUGGGGAAGAUGGCGACGAGACAGAAGCGGAAUCGGCGUGGCAUGCUAUAAAGAAGCGUAAGAUCGUUUUUGUUAUGCCGGGCUCCUACCUUACAAAAGAUUUUCACCUUUUCAAUUCCGAAGCCGUAAAGUCAAAUCAAGAACUCUUGAAUAGCAUUAAGGGAAGGUAUACUUUUAACUACGAGCAGGAGAAGGCGUUCAAUAUAGUCUGUAAUCAUGCUCUGAGCGGCGGCAGCGAGCAACUGAAAAUGUAUAUCGGAGGGAUGGGAGGUACCGGGAAAUCUCGUGUGUUGAAAGGAAUAAUUGACUUCUUCAAAGGGAGAAAGGAAGAAUACCGUAUAGUUGUUUUGGCUCCGACAGGAAACGCCGCUUCCCUUAUAGACGGCUCAACUUAUCAUUCCUACUUAAAGAUAUUCCCCGGAGAGAGAGAACAAGACAUUCCGAAGCGUGUAGACGAACUGAGGACACAAUUAGAAUGCGUAAACUACAUUUUCAUGGACGAGAUAUCGAUGAUGUCAUGUUAUGAUAUGUAUCGCAUUUCGAGGAGACUAUGCGACGCAAGGAAUAGGGCGGACCUGCCAUUUGGAGGGAUCAACAUAAUCUUUGCGGGAGAUUUUGCUCAAUUGCCUCCUACGACAGGACACUCGUUGUACAGCCGGAAAGUUAGUGAAUACCAGACGCCCCGACAGAAUCUCUCCGAGCAACACAACAGUAUAGGCAAGCGAGCAUGGAUGCAGAUCACAUCGGUGGUGAUACUCAAAAAGAAUAUGCGCCAAUCGGAGGAAAGCGAUGAGGAUACAAAAUUUCGUAAAGCCUUGGAAAAUCUGCGGUACUUCAAUUGCGACGACGAUGAUAUUCAAUUCUUAAGGUCCCGCGUAGCGGAAGCCAAUCCGAGAAUUGACCUCAAUGAUGAGAAAUUUAGGUUUGCGUCCAUCAUUACGUCCUUGAACGCAGACAAGGACGGGUACAACGAGUUGUACAGUGAGCGCUUCGCGGAGGAGAGCGGGCGCUCUCUGCACUCCUUCUACUCUAUUGACAAGCCUGUUUCGGAUAAACUUUCCCGGACACCAAAGAGAGGUAGAAGGAUCCGAUUGACUUACAUGGAUAGAAACACACAGGAGAAACUGUGGUCAAUGCCCUCCCACACGAGCAAGCUGGUGGCUGGUCGAUUGAUUCUUUGUUUGGGAAUGCCUGUUUGUAUCCGGUAUAACGUCGCGACGGAGCUUUGCAUUACCAAAGGGCAGGAGGGAACGGUGGCGGGUUGGGUAGCCCAUCGACAUCCAGUUUGGAAGGACCAUGAUUGCUUAGACGUCCUGUUCGUGAAAUUGACCAACCCCCCCAAGAAGAUAAAGAUUCCUUACCUACCGGAAAACGUGGUGCCUAUAACGAAGAUAAGCACAACAAUGAGAGCGAAAACAGGAGUGGACGACAGGGACUUCGCGUGCAUCAGCAGACAUCAGGUGCCUGUAUUGCCAAACUUCAGCAUGACCGACUAUUCUUCUCAGGCAAAGUCGCGAGAGAUAAAUGUGGUGGAUAUUGGCCAAUGCCGUAGUUUCCAAGCGAUAUACGUGUGCUUGUCUCGAGGUACUAGUGCCGCAGGGACUGUGAUUUUGGAAGACUUCGCGGAUUCGGACGUCAGAGGCGUACUCGAUAAAGACCUAGCCAUGGAGUACAGAGCAUUAAAGCAUUUAGAUGAGAUAACGGACCUUGUCUACCGCAAUGAGCUGCCCGAAGGUAUUCUGCAUACCGGCCGAAUGGAUACACUGAAAGCCUACAAGGAGUGGAAAGGAAUUGUCGACGGAAAUGAUGACGAUGAAUCACAACAUAAGGACAGCGUUCAAACGGGGAAACGUAAGGAGAGGAAUGAAUGUCCAUCGCAGAACCUGGAGCACGAUGCCAAGCGCAGACGGACGCAGGUUUCCAACCAAGGAGUCUUUCGCAGGAGAACGGCGGGGGCUAAUAGUUCGCCUCAGGGACCGAGUUGGGAUUGGAGCGACCCAAGUUGCGCUUACGAUACUAUCGUGUGCAUAAUCUUCAAUCUUUGCCAAUGGGAAAAGAAGUGGAUGGCGUUCAUGACGAACAGUGGCGUCCCAAUAUUGCAAAGAAUGAGUAGGGAUGUAGAAGACGUGCUUGCAGGUUAUCUCGAGGUCACUGAUGUUCGGAAUGCGUUCCGCCACAUGAUUAGAGGAGUCGCAGGACCAGAAUUCGCGGCAGGGCGGCGGGAAUACGAUAUUCGCGGGAUCCUGUUUUCCAUGGUGGGGUGGUCAAACCUGGAGGCACCGCUAGCCCUUAUCUGCGAGGCUAUCCCAGAAAGAGGCGCGGGAUCGGUUUUGCCCUCGAGGACAUGGGAACUGUUGGUUGCAAUCCACAAAAACGCCAUGGAUGUGGGUAAUGUGCGAUGGAUCUGA